AUGAAGAAUACUGUAGGUGAGCUUUGCAUUUUACAUCGCAUUGGUAUUAAGGGUAGGCCAUCUAAAGCUCCGAAAAUUGUUGAAGUUAUGUGGCAUGUUCCCUCUAUUUAUCAAGUCAAGCUUAACACUGAUGGUGCGGCUCGUGGCUCUCCUGGUCUGGCAGGUUUUGGUGGCAUUUUUCGAGAUCAUUUGGGUCAUGUUUUAGGUUGUUUUUCAGGAAAUCUUGGCAUUGCUAAUGCAUUAGAAGCUGAGCUGCAGACGGUCAUUCACGCCAUUCAAAUGGCUUCGCAGAGAGGUUGGCAUUCUCUUUGGAUUGAAAGUGAUUCUACUUUAGUGAUUCAUUUUCUUUCUUCAUUUCAAGUAGAUGUUCCUUGGCGUUUCACUACUGAAUGGUUUAACUGUCGGACUAUUCUUACUACUAUGACUGUUAAAGUAUCUCAUAUUUAUCGGGAGGGUAACAGCAUUGCCGAUUGCUUAGCAAAUUUUGGUGCGGAUAAUGCGGGAGUUCAUUGGUGGGAUUCAUGUCCACCUUGUGCAAUUACAGCUUAUUCACGUGAUUUAGCAGGCUUUCCCAACUAUUGUUUUAGUUUCUGA